AUGUCAGAAAACGCUCACAGAAGAUCAAAGGAUGAUGACCAUGAGCAAGACCGUUUACUUCCAAUAGCCAAUGUUGCACGAAUCAUGAAACGUGGGUUGCCAGAAAAUGCCAAAAUAGCUAAAGAAGCCAAAGAAUGCAUACAAGAAUGUGUAUCAGAGUUUAUCAGUUUUGUUACAUCCGAAGCAAGCGACAGAUGUGCGCAGGAGAAACGCAAGACCAUCAAUGGUGAGGAUAUUUUGUGGGCAAUGCAUUCACUUGGGUUUGAAACAUAUACAGAGACACUCCGAGUGCACUUGCAAAAGUACCGUGAGGUAAGUUGCUGA